UGAUUCAAGACUGCUUUAUAAACAAGAUCUCUUCAGACUACAUUUCAUCUCUUCUGUCUUCCUCCUGAAGAUCUGUUCUGACUGGCAGCGGAGAAUGAACUACUUUUAAUAGACAAUAGAUAUCAAUAAUGGCACUGGCCCAUUUGGCUCUGCUGACUGGACUCCUGCUCCUUUGUCAGGCUCAAGACUACUGUGGUGAAGUUGAAAAUGUAGCUCUUCGAGGCACCGCCACCCAGUCACAGAUGCAUCCUGGGCAUUGGGGUACCUUUUCAUAUGCUGCUAAUGCUAUUGAUGGAAACCGGAACCCAAACUGUGUUCAUGGCUCCUGUUCUCACACAAACAAUGACUCUCCUUGGUGGCGUGUGGACCUCCUAGAAAAAUAUAAAGUCCAUCAGGUGGUCAUUACUGGCCGAAGUGACUGCUGCGCAGAACGAAUCAAUGGAGCUGAGAUCCGAAUUGGAAACUCUUUGGAGAAUGAGGGUAACAGCAACCCAAGAUGUGCAACUAUAACUUCGAUUCCAGCCGGGGUUUCAUUCAGCUACAACUGCCACGAGAUGGAGGGUCGCUAUGUCAAUGUGUAUAUUCCAAAAAGAAAAGCUAUUCUGGCCCUUUCUGAAGUAGAGGUUUAUGCUGUCCCAGUGAAGCCACGCUGCAAAUCAUAUGCAAAAAAUACUAAUGUCCACCCAUAGAGCAUAGCAAUCUGAAAAUUAGAAAAACAGAUACUUAUUUGUAAGAAACAGAUACUAUGGCAGAACUCUGUUUAAUUAAGGUACAGUAAAAAUCCAGAAGCAAGAAGUCAAGAAUGUAAACAUCAUUAGCCCACAACAUUUUCACUUUGUAUACUGUUGCUUUUGUUAAGUUUCUUUUGAGAGGAGGUCUUUCAUUUUGGAAUGCACAUGGGGGCAUUUUUGUCGUCAUGUAUGUUAUGUACUGGAGGACAGAAAAGCAUAUUUUGGGUGAAAAAGGAGAAGGACAACUAAAAGACAAGAUUGAUAGAUUUUGAGUACUUUUUCAUAUAAAAAUAACUUCAACAUUUCCCCAUCGUUUCAGUCAGAUUUUCUUUUUCAGCUUUGCUGUACCACAUAUUCUCCUUUUUGUGUCUGAAUGUCAUAUAGUUGAAAUAAAAUAACCUUUGAUUUCAGCCUUAA